ACCACUAUUGUUUACUGUUAACACUGCUAAUAAAUUGAUCCAACACAAUUCAAUACUGAGAUUAUUUAUUAAAAGAUAUGUUAAACAAUAUAAAAAGCUGAAUAAUUAGAAAUACAGUAUAGCGCACGAAAACCACUGGCAGAACAGUAGAGCGGUGGUUAAAAUGGAUGAGCGAAAUUUCCGUUCGAGUUACUAUGAAAAAGUAGGAUGUUAUUCAGUUGAAGAAAAAAAGUCGCUAAAUAAACUGCUGCAAGACAAUAUACGCAAUCACUCGAAAUUGAAGCAGUUUUGUUUAAGUUAUACUGUACCCACGGCGCAACGAGGCCUAUUGUGGAGCAUAAUACUUGGUGUAUUGCCACUACACAAAAACUCCAUGGAUUAUAUAUUACUACAACGCACUGCCGUUUAUGAGGACUUGCAUCGCGCAGUCACUAAAAUGCAAUAUAUCGAUCACACCUCACCGAAAAGUAAAGUGUUGCAAUCAAUGUGGCUUUUGGAGAAUGGUCGACUGUUGCAUCCGUUAACCGGUCCACCGGACGAUGAUAAUAAUUUUAUGGAAAUUGUUAAAGUACUGCUACAAAUAUUCGAGGACGAUGUGGAGACUUAUUGGAUUGCCAAAGAGUUUUUUGCAUGCACAAAAGGAAUAGAGCAAGAAUGCACAAAACUGAUGGAACUCACACAGACGUUGCUAAAACGUGAAGACAUUGAAUUGAAUAACCACUUAGAGAAGUUAGGUGUUUUCAAUACAGGGGAAAUAUUAGAUAAAUGGUACGUGACCUGCUUCGCUGGAGUCAUUACGGAUACAGCACUAGUUAAAGUAUGGGACAAAAUAUGUGGCGGGUCAAGGAAAAUCGUGGUUUUUGUCUUCUUAGAUUUGGUUAAAACGCUGAGAAAUCAUGUCUUGGGUUGCAAUUCAAUGCUUGACUUAAAAACUCUAAUCGAACAGGUAAAAGAUCAAGAUGCCACUAUAGUUAACAAAGCCAUUAAAACUUGGCAAAGUAAUAAGAACCACAACGAGAUCACUGUACACUGAUAAACAAAAUUCGUUCGGACUGCGCUUUAUUUGACUUUUCUCGUAAUCCCUUUUUCAACGCGUACAUAACACUUAAA